AUUUUGAUUGGCUAUUUAUUGCAAAGAAAAGAAGCAUGGCUGCCACCAGUGCGAGAAGAUAGGAGAAGCGAUUUAUUUACGUUAAAGUUGGCGAAAUUCUGAUUAAGUAUUUUAAAAUUAACAUUGAUAUCGUUUGACUUGUAUACUAACUAUUUGAAAUAGUGUAUAAAGUGUACAUAAUGCAAACGUAGUGGCAGAGAAGGUUAAGAACACUUGAUAGUUUGCGCAGCGGACCCCUAAUGGGUUGGAAUCAUUGAAAUUUGAACAAUUUGAUUUCAAAAUCUUUGGGAUUAUUGAUUGGAAAUGACGGAUAUUCAAGAGUGCCUUCCGCGGGAGACACAGGGUAUGGAACAAGUGGCGGACCUCGGGAACUUGACGGAAUUGAGAGAAAACGCUGCGUCUGCUGAGGCCAAUGGUUACAUUCUGGAGGAUGAACCCCCGACAAUAGACAUAAUAAUUAACAAUGUUGUCUGCAGCUUUAACACACGGUGUCAUCUCAACCUCAGAAAUAUCGCAAUGGAAGGAUCUCAUGUGGAAUACAGAAGGGAACAAUCAAUGUGCAACAUGAAAAUCAGACGGCCUUACACAACAGCAACAAUUUGGUCAUCAGGCAAAAUAGUUUGCACGGGAGCAACAAGUGAAGAAGAAUCCAAGAUAGCCGCUAGAAAAUUUGCCAGAAAAUUACAGCGUCUAGGAUACACCGUGAAGUUUACCAACUUCAGGGUUGUCAACGUGCUUGGGACAUGUGGCAUGCCGUUUCGUAUCAAGAUAAAUUCCUUUUCACAAAAAUUUCCAAAAGAAGCAAGUUAUGAACCAGAGUUGCACCCAGGUGUGACCUAUCGACUGAAAGAACCAAAAGCUACCCUUAAGAUAUUUUCUACAGGAAGCAUCACUGUAACAGCUCCGAGUGUAGCGAACGUUCAAGCUGCCAUAGAACACAUUUUCCCGUUAGUCUCAGAAUUCAAAGCUGCAGACAAAGACACGGAUAAAGACAUUGUAGCUCAAGAAAUUAAAUUCAUGCAGAAACAACGAGGCUCACUGCAACCAAAGCAACCCGUGUCCAAGUACGAAGAUUACGAAAAAGUGGAAGUGUACGACACUGACUAUAGUGACGACGAAGAAUUCGACAGCGAUGAAAGUCAAGAUUGAAGUGUUUGGGUCAGAUUUAAAGUGAAAGUUUGUGAAUAUGAAAAUAAAUACACGAGUGUGCUCCUUUGAAUGGUAACAAUUUGGCAUUUUUUGAAUUUUACUGUGUAUACACCUGCGUGUGGUCCCAACAAAUAGCAAUCUUGUGUUCAUUAUUUCUUCAUGGUGUUUGCAUAAUUUAAAAGACUGUCCAUCCAUUGUGAGAAGAUUUGUAUUUAGUAUUUGAUAUGCAAUUAGUAUUAUAAUGUACAGAUGUAUGUGUUGAAACAAGGGAAUGAAAGCAUAAGUGACUCCUGCAUUACUCAAACAUCCAUUUACAUCGCAUCAGACAUCUAAAUGUUUUACUGGAUGAUUUCAUCAAGUUUACUAUGAGUGGGAUUGUUGCUGCAAUACAGGGGCAUUAUAAUUUUUGUUGUUUGAGAAUGUUAACCCAGGAGGGUCUGGAACGUUUUGUGAGUGCAGAUACACAUUUUUCCUUUUAUUUUGGUAUUAGGUGUUACAUUAUACACGUACAGUUUGUUCAGUGAUGCAUUGCUUUGGGUAACAUGACAAAUUGAUGAAUAGGAAUCUUUGUAAUCACAAUUUAACUUCGGUGUCUCGAACAUCGAUAUCUCAAAUACUUUGAAUAUGUUUAAUUGAGUUGGAAGUCCCAACUACAUUUUCUUCAUUUAUUUUUAUCUCAAUAUCUCAGAAGUUUUUCCCCAGCACCCUCGUAUUCAAGAUAAUUAGGUUUGACUGUAUUGAUUCACUUCAUUUUUACAGAUAUUUGUAAAAAGAAAUCUAUUUUGACUAUGCUACUGAUCCAAAUGGUUUCAUCAUCCUCUCAUCCAGUGUGAUACCUAGUAUUAAUACAAUAAGUAUUGUGUAACUAUAUUUAGCAUACAGAAAAUGAUGAAUAUUGAUGCCCAAAUCUAACUUCAGUAUUGUCGGAAUGUUUGUUUGUAAAACAAAAUAAUUUCUGCCCCCUGAUAACUAUUCUGGCCCAUAUACAGUAAAACACAGCUAUAGCAAACCUCUAGGGCCAACGGUAAUUAGUUAUAACCAAAUGUCUUUAUAUCUAAUAAAAUUUUCACUAUUUUCCUCCAAUAGAGAAAUAAACAUCACAUCACGAUAAGCGUGAAUUCAUUAUAAGUGUGUUUUAUUGUAAAUUCAAUGAAGCUCCCUCUAGUCUCAGACUUGUAUAGACUCACAAAGAAUUUUUUUCAGGGGUGGGAGAAUUGGUCACAAUUAAUUCAUCGUUUGGUCCAUUAAUAUUUACAAGUCAUAGUUGUGCCAUAAAAAAUCGUUAAUUGCUCAUUCGUCUCGCAAAUAUUGCACCUGACCUGAGUUUGUGUAGUGACUUCAUCCAAGGUCAGUGGACCAUUUCAAGGUCACUGAGAAAAGCUUUAGAAUUUGUAAUAACUGUAAUGAAGAAACUAGAUGAUCAUACUUUGUUUUUAGUUGAUGAUGACACUUGACUUAAAGCUGCCACGACUCUCUGAUCAAAGGUAACUUGAAAAGUGUCGAUGGGAGAAAAAAGUUUAAAACUUUUACACCAAGAUUGCUUAUAACUUCAGUUCCAUGAUUAAGGACUGAGGUCAUUUGAUCAAGGUCAACGCCACAGGAGAAAAAGCAUUGAAUUCUAAUCGAAACCAUGUUGUUUCUGAACACAAGAGGUUCCAUUUGACUUUUGUUGGGUCAUUUGGACAAUUUCGAGGUCACUGGGAGAAAUUUAGAAGGGUAUUCAUUUCAUUAGGAUUUAACAUCCGUUCAUCAUAUGGGGCUGCUUUUUUGAUAAGAUUUGAAGUAUUGCAGUCGCAGCAGUAGAUGCUUUAGCGGUGGACAAUGAUGACAUGAUAUCCUUAGAUGAAACUGCUAUAACUGUAAUGCUGAAUGAAACAUAUCAUUAAGCAUCGAGACUGCGACAUUUAGUGACAUCAUCAAGAGGCACUGUAUGAUCAUUAUGGUUAUUGUAUAGGUCUAAUACAUACAAAAAAUUUAGCAUCAAUACCCCAUUAAGAGUUUUUUUUUUGGCUUCAAAUUUGCUACUGUUUUUACCAGAUUGUUUUGGAUGGUCAACAUCUUCUCCCUUUUCUGUAAAACCUUUGUUGAUGGAGCGGAUUCAGCAUUACAAUUUCACACACAAGAAAAGUUUGGUAAAAUUGAGGACCAAAUCAAAUUAACUUGAUCCAUUACAGCCAUGAAGUUGGCACUCACAAGUAACCAUCAGUAAUGUAAAUCAGAAAACUAUCCUAACUAUACAAUAUACGGAAAUAACUAUCAGAAAUCAAAAUCGGAAAACUAUCCUACUAACUAUACAAUGUAUGCCUGUAGAACAACUUUUGUAUCUUUAGUUGCAUGAGUAGUGCUGAUUAUGCUAUAUCUGAAUUUAUUGCAUGCCAAAACACUCUUAAUGCCCUCACCGUACAUAUACAAUAUCGGGUGAUUGAACUUACAUCGGAGAAUAUUGGUCAGAGUUGGAUGUAGAAAUAGGGGAACUUGUGAGCAAAUUUUCACACCCAGCAAGUGCCAGUAUUCACUGUUAUAAGCUCAAUAACUCCUUUAUUUUAUAGCUAAAACAUAUUUCUACUGUUUUGUGUUGAUGAUUUAUUUAUUUUCUUGUCGAGCCAGAUAAGUGCAUGCAAUAUCAGUUACACAUUAUUUCAAUGUCCACCCUAAUUCAUCAAUCAAUGUGGGUGAAAUGUUUGAAAUUACGAAUAAUACUAUUUGCUGGUCCAUAACUGUAAAUUGGGGAUGAAAUACAAGAAUUAUUGGAAAAUGGCAUCCAAAAGCUUACCAGUGAUAUCUGGUCUGCCAUCUUUGUUUACAGUUGGAGUGUAACAAUGUUAACUUGUACCCAUAAAAUUGCGGCGUGAAUUCUUUUAUUUCAUGAAAAAUUGACAUUCAGUGAUGGUCCAGAUAUUGCACACUAAAAUUCUGUAGAAUUUAGGAACAUUUGAUAACAGAUUACUAGCUAUAUAAUAAAGUGAAACUAGUGCAUGAUUUGCUUUCACUGGAAUCUUGCCAUAUUAUAGAAAUCUUGCUGAAAUCUGAUUACUCUAAAUUAGUAUCCGUGUCAUUAUCAUAGUCUAGUCCGUAGAUCUGUAUCCAGUAUGAAAGAAAACCCUAUUAUACUUGUUCUUCUAUAGCUUGUUAACCUUUCUUUUCAUUCUCCAUCUGUUUGACCUAUUGUAUUUUCUUUAAUCAGUUGACCUACUUCUUCUGUAUCCAGUUGACCUAAAUGUUCUUCUGUAUCCAGUUGACCUAAUUGUUCUUCUCUAUCCAGUUGACCUAAUUGUUCUUCUGUAUCCAGUUGACCUAAUUGUUCUGAUAAAUAAGAAUAAAUGGGUCAAAUGGAAUACAGAAGAACCAGCAGUUGACAAACAAUUACAGCACAGUUAUGUUGCAUGUUCUUCAAGGCUUACGAUAACUUUUUCUUUUUCUUGUUUUAAAUUCACAAAAGACUAAAGGCACUUUCAGAAUAUCUUUCCUAAAUCAAUUAAAAAAGAAGUAUGUAACAUUGAGCAGUAAUGGGAGAGAGAAAAUUGACCCAAAUUGUGUUGAUGGCUAUUGAAUUUUGGUAAGUACGUGAAUUAUUGCAUGCGUAGUGUGUACCGGUAUUGUAUGAUUCAUUAUAAUAUCCUCACAGUCCGUACUCACCAAAAACACUUUUACCCGAACUAUUUACUUUUUCUACAUGUACUGUAAAUAUGAACUUUUUUGCGUAGAUUUAUUUUUGUGAUAAUGGGUGAAAUUCCUUUCGAUUAAUUUUUGUGAAUUAGAUUUGUCAAGGAAGGACAACAUUGGAGAUCACAUUUUCACAAAAAAUAUUUUGUGAAUUUUUGUAGUCCCGCAAAAUUGUCAAAAAUUUAUCUACAGUAAAAUAACCAGAAUUGUGGUAUGUAGGCAACAAUGAAUUACUUCUACAGUUACAAGAAACAACUGUAAUCUCAUUUGUCCUAAAUUUUCAUAGGUAUGUAUGUUGAAAUAAGUAUAACCUUUUUCAUGAUUGGUCGACAAGCAUGCGUGAUGGAAUAGAAUCAUCCAGAUUUUUAAAAUAUCAAAGUUUUGGAAUCUUUGAAAUCCUUCUUGUAGACUCUUCGUAUUGAGUAUUUUACAAACAUUAUUUGUUCUUUAUUUGCUGGUUGGAAGUGCCAAAGUGUGAGAAGUAAUGAAAUAAGGUUGUGUGUUUGAUUAAAUUUGAAAUUUUUAUUGAUAGACUGGCGUAUAUCAGAAAUAUAUGAGAGUACCACUGAGACACACACACAGCAGCAAAUAGAGAAUACAGUAAAACACGGUUAUAACGAACCUCCAGGACAAACGGAAAACAGUUCGUUAUAACCAAACUUUGUUAUAUAGUAAAACACGGUUAUAACGAACUUCCAGUACAGACGGAAAACAGUUCGUUAUAACCAAACUUUGUUAUAUAGUAAAACACGGUUAUAACGAACCUCCAGGACAGACGGAAAACAGUUCGUUAUAACCAAACUUUGUUAUAUAGUAAAACACGGUUAUAACGAACAUUGAGGCCAACAUAAACAGUUCGUUAUAACCAAAUGAUAAGAUUUUUGUUAUUUUCUUCUCAUAGGGGAAUAAAUAUCACUUAGCAACAAGUGUAAACUCGUUAUAAGUGUGUUCAUUAUAAGCGUGUUUUACUGUAAAAAUGUCAUAGUCAUCCGAAAACAAGUGAGCUAUUGUUAUUAUAAGAGUGAUGUUUUAUUGGAUUGUACGGAUGAGUUCGUGUGGUUUAGUGUUCUCGGCUUUUGUCAUUCAGAAGACAUUUUAAUAGUACACCUCGCAGUACUAAAUCAGGUGAAUGUCUCAUCAUUAGCAUAAUCAUACAGUAUAUGCUGUUGUCAGGUGUAAAUAUGUUUUUGUGAGUAUGUUUGACUUGUCCACAGCAGAAAACAUUCUGCAUUUAAGGUUCACAGACAUUUUGUGUAUUUGAUUAAAUAUUUUUCACCCUUGCAGCAA